AUGAAAUUUCCAAGUGAGAAUCCUCGCAAACCGGGUACUAUGAACCCACCACCAGUCCCAGUUCACACCAACCUGGUCUCGCCGAAGAAGGUGCAGCCCGGGAUGCUCCAGUCCAGCCUGGUCCACGCCAGCCUGGCCACCAUGCAGAACCCCAUGGGCUGCUCGGUGCCGCGCCUGUCUGUGUCCCGCCCGGCCAGCGUGGUGGCCAGCAUCGAGGCGGGGCCGGACGGAACCGUGGUCUUCACCUUCAUGAAGCUGAAGACGGUGCUGGCGGUGUUCGUGGUGGUGGUGCUGUACCUGGUGGGGGGUGGCCUGGUGUUUCAGGCGCUGGAGCAGCCCUUCGAGGACAACCAGAAAAUCACCAUCACGGCGGAGAAGGCGGCGUUCCUGCAGAGACACCCGUGUGUGAGCCCCGGCGAGCUGGAGGACAUCAUCCAGCGCUCGGUGGAUGCAGUAAACGCUGGAGUGAACCCGACGGGGGACACCUCCUAUAACUCGAGUCACUGGGAUCUGGGCAGUGCCUUCUUCUUCGCCGGGACGGUCAUCACCACCAUCGUGGAAACACAAGACAAAAAAAAAGUUUGGGCGUUCUCUGGCCCCGUGUGCUGCCCUCGGUCCCUUCUCUGGCCCCGUGUGCUGCCCUCGGUCGCUUCUCUGGCCCCGUGUGCUGCCCUCGGUCGCUUCUCUGGCCCCGUGUGCUGCCCGGUCGCUUCUCUGGCCCCGUGUGCUGCCCUCAAUCCCUUCUCUGGCCCCGUGUGCUGCCCUCGGUCCCUUCUCUGGCCCCGUGUGCUGCCCUCGGUCGCUUCUCUGGCCCCGUGUGCUGCCCUCGGUCGCUUCUCUGGCCCCGUGUGCUGCCCUCGGUCCCUUCUCUGGCCCCGUGUGCUGCCCUCAGUCCCUUCUCUGGCCCCGUGUGCUGCCCUCGGUCGCUUCUCUGGCCCCGUGUGUUGCCCUCGGUCCCUUCUCUGGCCCCGUGUGCUGCCCUCGGCCCCUGUAUCUCUUGUUCUCUGGUCCCGUGUGCUGCCCUCGGCCCCUGUAUCUGCUGUUCUCUGGCCCCGUGUGCUGCCCUCGGCCCCUGUAUCUGCUGUUCUCUGGCCCCGUGUGCUGCCCUCGGCCCCUGUAUCUGCUGUUCUCUGGCCCCGUGUGCUGCCCUCGGCCCCUGUAUCUCUUGUUCUAUGGUCCCGUGUGCUGCCCUGGGUCCCUGGCCCUUUGAUAGCGCGCUCCCCCAGAGCAGAGCUGCAGCUGAGGGACCAACAUCCCUGGAAUGCUGCAAAGGAGUCCUGGAAAUGUCCAUCACAAAGACCCCCGCGGGACAAAGGGACCAAAAGCUUCUGUGGGGGACCGUGGGGGGACCGUGGGGGGAGCACAGGGACACUGCUGAGCGGAGGAAGUGUGUGUGGAGCCCAGGAUUCUUAUGCAGAGAUGUUGGAGAUGUUCCCGAUGCCCACAAUGCAAAUACUAAAGAGAGAGGUUUGA